AUGGUCCUAGCUUCCCGUCCCUCCGGCUACGUCGACCCCUCCUUCACCAGCCCCCACGGCCCGCACGACCCUGUCAUCAUCUACGGCUUCACGCCCUUCCUCGUCCUCGCCGCCUUCGCCGCCGCCUUCUUCGCCCUGCUCCUGCUGCUGCACACCCUGCAGGCCGCGCGCUACCGCACCUGGUGGUUCCUGCCCUUCUCACUCGGCCUCGCCUUCGAGGUCGCCGACUACGCCGCCCGCGCCCUCUCCGCCGCCCACGACCCCUACCACCUCGUCUACUUUGUCCUCAACUACUUCUUCGUCGUCACCGCGCCCGUCUUCCUCGCCGCCAGCAUCUGCACGGUGCUUUCCGUGCUGAUAGCCCUGUCGGACGUGCUGGCCACGGCGGCGCAGGUGGCGGGCGCGGCAAUGAUAGGGAAGCGCGAGGCGGACAGGCGGGAUCCGACGACGGCGAACAACGUCCUGCUUGGAGGGCUGGCGUACCAGGUCUUCUCAAUGGGCGUGUACGUGGUCGUGUCCGGGGUGCUCCUGUGGCGCGCUCGCGACGACCUGCGCCGCGACGGGCUGGUUGGUUUCGCGUGGGCGUUCGCGGCGGCGACGGCGCUCAUCUAUCUCCGUACAGCCUUUCGUCUUGCCGAGACGGCCGAGGGUCUGUUUGGAAACUUGCAGACGCAUGAAAUCUACGUUGCCUGCCUCGAGUUUGCACCGGUUGCCUUGGCUGUUUUGCUGUUCGGUUGCUUCCAUCCUGGUCGCUGCAUCAAGAGCGAUGCCGCCGAAGCUGAGGAGAAGCUGCCUCAUCGCGAUGUUCCCUAUGUAUAA